UCCGCAUUUCCACGUGCGCGUAGUGCUUGUGAAAACGCGAGGUAUCGCUCUCACAAUCGAUCAACGUUUCGGAUAGCAUUUCUCUUCCACCAUGGCGGGACGGGGGAGGGGUCGCGGCCGCGGUGGCGGGAUGUCAUUUAAUGUGGAGCAGCUGGGUUUGACGAGGCAAGAAGCAGCGCUCACUCUGUGCGCGCAGCCGCCACCAACAUUCCCGCCGCUAGACUUUUCCCCAGCACCUCUGGUGAAUUCGGAAGAGAACACAUAUCUGGCCGUCCUGCUUCACGAGCAGCGCAAGAACUUGCUCGCGUCCAGUUUCAACAUUCUUCCCUGCACGCCUCAACAAACGGUGGAGAGAUACUCGGACCGUUACCGUGUGAAAGCACCUGACGUUAUCUACGAUUUUGACUACUUCCCAGCGGAACUGAAGAUUUCCAAGAAGACAAAAAAGCGGAAAAGCUCAGCUGGUAUUCUCGGAGGAGGUGACUCGAUAGCAACAGGAAUCGACAUACAGAAAAAGCUGCAAGCACUUGAAGAAAAAGAGGCUGGAGGAGGUGACAGCGGUGGUGAGGGUGAAGAUGAGCCUGGCGAGAAGAAGCCCAAAGAAGGAGAUGAUGAAGAAGAGGAAGAAGGGGCUGAGGAGUUUGACGAAGAGGAGGAGCUUGAAGAGGAGACGGACUACAUCAAUAACUACUUUGACAAUGGUGAAGGCUACGGCGAUGACGAAGAUGACAAUUUGGAUGAUGGUGCUGUCUUUUGAGAUACACUAGUCAUCAUUAUUUAUUGAACGUGUAAAUAAGAUUUGUUGGCCUGUGUUGCAGGGAAGUGUUCAAAGCAUAAUAAAAGUGUGUUUUGUUUUCGUUA